AUUAUCAUUAUCUUAAAUCGUACAAACUAUAAAUUUAUCAUCUAAAAUUUUGAAGUUCGAAAAUUUUGUAUUACCAGUUUUAAGUUUGGUGUCAGCUGACGUUUGAUUUGAGAACUCUUUUCUAAAUCUUCGUUUUUGAGCCUCUGGAACUCCUAGGAUGGCUCUCCAACAAUCAAGCUUCCUCGUCUUGUAUUUCCUUCUUAUGUGUAACCCCACUCUCUUUCUAUUUCUGCUUUUUCGCUUUGGAUGAUGUCUGAACCUCUGUUGCUUCCGCAAUUGUCUGAUUCUUCACUUUCCUAUUCAAUCCUACACGGUUUUUCCUCCAAAACCGCCAAAGAUUUAUCCUUUUUGGUGUCCCAGAUGGAGAAAGAGCCCCUACUGUCAAAUUACAGCCCAAGAAGGAGAACGUCUCAACUGUCAUCGUUGCUCUCCACUCUCCCCGAGCAUGAUGAAGUCUCUCUACCUAUGCCGCUUACCCCUUCAGUUCUCAAAGAACGCCUUAUUUUUGGCCCUUCUGCAGCCUCUUCUAGUGACCCUUCUCCCAUUGUUGAGGCCUUGACUCUCUCUCUCAACUCUCCAAAGCAGUCGUGUUCCAAUCCAGAAUUCAACGCAAUCCCUCAAGAAUUGCCGCUUCUACAGCAACAACAGUCUUGGUUGAUCGACCCCAAUUAUACAUGGACCAAGACUAAUCUCCACAGGUCCAAAACAGCACCGGCUAUGGCUGCCAUCAAUGAUACUCGUCAUCCUCGUAUACCCAAGCUUCAGUUUGCCACUCAAUCGAUAGUUCGCCAAGCUUUUGUUCUGUUGAUAUUAUAUUUGUCUUUGGGUGUGGUAAUAUAUUGGUUGAAUCGUGAUAAUUUCGUUGCGAAUGAAACACAUCCAGUUGUUGAUGCUUUGUAUUUUUGUAUAGUAACAAUGUGCACUAUCGGUUAUGGGGAUAUCACUCCAAAUAGUACUACCACGAAAUUGUUUUCUAUAUUGUUUGUCUUGGUUGGAUUUGGAUUUAUUGAUAUUUUGCUUUCUGGGAUGGUUAGUUAUGUGCUUGAUUUGCAAGAGAAUCAUUUAUUGAGGAAUGUUAAGCGAGUAGCUGAUAUGGAAGCUGCAGGUUCUAUCAUAAUUGAUGUGAAGAAAGGAAGAAUGAGGAUAAGGAUGAAGGUAGCGUUGGCAUUAUGUGUAGUGGUUCUGUGUAUUGGAAUUGGUGUUGGCGUCAUGCAUUUUGUCGAGAAGCUUGGGUGGUUGGAUUCUUUUUACCUCUCUGUUAUGUCAGUUACUAAUGUUGGUUAUGGUGACAGAGCAUUCAGGUCAUUGACAGGUCGUAUUUUUGCCUCCAUUUGGUUGCUUGUGUCAACGCUUGCUGUGGCUAGAGCGUUUUUAUAUUUGGCUGAGGCAAGAGUGGAUAAGCGUCAUAGGAGGAUGGCAAAGUGGGUCCUUGGCCAAAACAUGACCGUCUCUGAGUUUCUUGCUGCUGACAUUGACCAAAAUGGCUUUGUAAGCCCCAAUUUAUCUCUUCGAACACCAAGCAACUUCCCAAUUUUGGACUUUCAACUCCUUUCCUGUAAAAUCUACAGAUGAUUAUUGUAAUGCAGAUGCUCUAAAGCCAAUUAACAAGUACUUGUAUAUUCAUUGCGCCUAGAAACUCUUAGAGCUUAGUCAGGAAAAUGAUACUUCAUGUCAUGUGCUCUAGAUAUAGGAUUAGGAAUUAUGAACUAUGAAUUACAGAAAUGAAUUUCUGCCAUUCUUGGAGUAUAAACUUAUUGUAAUCCACACACACUAUACUUUGGCAAUUUAAUCUCCUCCUUGUCCUUGUGGUUAAUGGGAAUUGCCAUAAGGCCCCAUGUUGUCCUGCCCCUACCUUUUUGAAUCCUAACCCUAAGUCCUAACCUAAAAUUAUCUCAUUUUAGAUUUAUUUUUCUCAAACCGACCGUAACAUAUAUAAAAUAAUUGAUGAAGAGUAGCAAGUUCAGAUUUUGGAGACAUCUCUACCUAUUUGAGGUUAAUAUACAUCACACCAAAAUUAAAAUACCAAAAUGAUCUUCCACUUUGCAGAAUCUAGCACUUAGAUCCAAUAUGGUGCUGGUCUAAUUUUUGCUUAGUAAAUUAGUAGCAAAAAAACUUUUUUUGGACCCCAGUGGCAAUGGAUGGAAAUAAAAGGGUCAAAAGUGUGGAAGAAUUUCAUGAGGGCCAAACCUCAUGAACUUUUAUGUAAAACUUCCAACAUCUAUAGAAAAAUUUGUUGAAAAAAUGGAUCGAGCUUAAUUCCUCCCUAAAAGGCAUGUUAUGAUGAGAGGAUUGCUAAAAUCAUAUAUGAAACGUUUUUACCUAAUACCUAGCCGAUAUGGGACUUAAAACAUCCCCUCAUAUCCAAGACUGGAAGUUAAGAGCGUGAAGUUUGCAAGACAGGACUUCUGCAGAUGGCCCAAGGUCAAGACUUUGGUUGGUGUCGAUGUUGAUAAAAUGUUGAUAAAAAUGGAUCAGGCUUAACUUCACUCCAAAGGGCACCUUAUGGGGAGAGUAUUGCCAAGUUAUAUUUGAAACAUUUUUACCCAAUACGCAGCCAGUGUGGAACUUAACAAAAACUAAGAUGAUGGAAUAGGAGUACCAAAUUCCCAAUAUGUGUUUGAUGGUAUUAGAGGUAAAUUUGGUGAUGCUUAGUAGAUAUUAAGUGUAUGCCAUUAAAUGGUUAACAUACUGAUUAUGGGUGUAUCAGUUGAUGUUUAAUUUAAUGGUUUGAUAAAUUUAGGGACAAGAACUUACUUUUGUUUCUUUUGCUUGUCACAUACCUUGUGGACCUCUUUAGGAGAGCUUUGAUGUUUGACCAUAUAUUUGGAUAGUUUUUUUGCCUUUAUUAUCAUAUUAAUAGAACAUGGCAAAUUGUUUUUCAAUACGAUCCUUUUGUUCUAUAGUUGAUUUGGCAUCCUUUUAAUCUUCUCCUAAAUAGGGAUUCCUUUUGAAAUCUGGUGAUGAUCUGUUCUAUUUUUCUUCUUUUCAUCUUUGACUUCAUUUAAGGCAGUAUGAAUUCUAGUUUCUCUGAUCUUAUAGUUUAGUUUCUGUUUAAUCAUGUUUGCUGCUAGUUCUCAACUCAUACUCUGACUAAAUUUUCUUCAGUGGUACUCACAAAUAUUUGCCUUAAUGUCUUGGACUGCUCAUUGUAUUUGAUUUUUAGAAAGUUUCAUGAUCCCUUUCUCUAUCUAGCAUUCUCCUUUCCUGUUCAAUUGGAUAGGCAUGCAUUCAAAAUGAAGGUAGGUUUGGUAAAUAAUAAAACACCAAAUUUUGUGAAAUUCUUAUCAUGCUCAUUUUGCUUUAUCUGGAUUCUAUUAAAUUUUCUGAAUUUUUAUUAUUUGCUCUGCAAUUUACCAUGCUGUGAUGUUCCAAACUCAAGCUGGGCUGGGCAGGUCCCAUUGUCUUUGUUGACCACUAACGUUGGAUUUC